UGUCAAUGGCCAUCACAACAAAUUUGACAGUUUACAGAUGAUUUUCUGUCGAAAUUAAAAAGCCAAAAAAUGGCUGAGGCUUGCCAAAUAGCUCGAAAACAGGACUUGCCUCCUCCAGGGGGAUAUAAGUCGAUUCCCUUUAAAAGAGUCCCGGCAAAAUCAUACUUUAGCGGCUUCACAUGGUUCGCUGGGUAUCUUGGUGUGACGGCAGUGUCUGCAUAUCUAUACUAUUUGAACUCCAAAAAGGUUGAUAAGAACAGAAUAGAGAUGCGUUCUGCUAAGAUGGCUAUUUACCCAAUGAUGUUGGCGGAAAGGGACCGCGAAUAUCUGAAACAAUUGCGCAGAAACCGCGACGCGGAGGCCGAGCUUAUGCGCGACGUUCCUGGAUGGGAGGUCGGCACCUACUACGGUGAGCGCAUCUACAAGCUAGUACCCCCCGAUGCACUGGUCGAACCUAUCUUCCAUGAAUACUACGCCCACACCGAACCGUCCGCGUGGUACAAGAGAGCCGAAAUGAACUUCUGGGCUUAAAUAUAAUAUGCCUGUUCUUCUGCUAUUGUGUAAAAAUCAACUGUGAAAGUUCGGAUAUAUAACUUUCGAAGUUAUAAAGAUUAAUGUUAUGAUAUAAUAAUGUUCGCUGUAAUAGUAAGAAGUUCAGGAAUAUUUAUUGUAGUUGCUUGAAUUAAAAGUUAUAUUAGGAAAA